AGGAUGAGUCUCUGAAGGUUAGCAGCGACCCAUUGCUGGCCCGACUACGUACCUAUCGCUACAGCACGGCCGCCACGCUAGCCAUGCUGACAGGCCAGUCAACUAGCAGCACGGCCACCAAAGAAGACACUUCCACGACAAGCUGUGGCCUGACCCUGAAGCUGCUGCGCAAGACCCCCAUCUUCACCUGCGGCAACAGCGUGGUCAUGCUGACGGCGCCCCCCGGCAGCAACAGCAACUCCUCCUCACGCUCCAUCUUCAACGCAGGCUCAGGUCUGUCUGCGGCACGAACCCUAGGUAGUAACUUGUGCUUCAGUGCCAAAGAUGGCAGCUUCAACACGCGUGUGGACUUUGUGGAUGCGCCCACCUGCUCUGUGGCCAGGGGAUCGCCCAUCGUUGGACUCGGUGUGUGCUACGAUGCAACCAACAAUGUCAUCUGGACGUGUUCCAGCGACUGGGUAGACCAGUGGCAUAACCCUGGCCUGAGAGCGCCCCACCACGUGGAACAGCAGAUGGGCAUGGGACCUGCCCUUGAACCUGUCCCGGAAGACUCGCUGAUCUCCAUCCCCGGCAUCGUCAAGAUGCUGCUGCACCACGUGGGCAGCAACUGCUGCCACCGCAUCCACAGCGACAUCCUGCAGUCCUCCCUGGGCCAGAUGCUGAUGCGGCAGCGCACGCUGGACGUAAUCCACCUGCGCCGGGUCGGCGACAUCCUGGAGCAGGCGCUGAAGAACGGGGACCAGCCGGCCGCCCAGUGCAUGCUCAUAGUCCUCCAGGUAUUGUUCAAGUGCCACACAUUUCGAUCUUCUAAGAAGGACGACUUGGAAUCCGUACAGAGAGCUGGAUCUCUGGCGUGGCAGGUACUGGUGGAGGCCAAGGAUGCUACCGGAUGCGUAGGACUACAACGUGAAGCUUGCAACACCAUCAUAGCUGGCCUUACAGUCCUCUACCGUACUGAGGAAGAGCAGAAUGCCCUGAUGCACAAGUUACUGCUGGAAGGGGAGGCUAACCCAGCCUUAGGCAGACUCCGCGACCUCAUCCUGGGGGUCAUGGGUCAGCUCCUCCGGCUGGAAGGCAGUGACAGUGACCUGUCAGGAAGAUUGAAGGGCGAUCUGGUGCAGCUCAUUCUGAAGACAUCCAUCAAGGAGGCUUGCAUUCUCAUACGACGCUGUCUGCAGGCAUCCAGCGAGGACUUCGAAAACAUCGUCUCCAGUGUUCCCAUUGCCUCCCCCUGUUUGCAAUAUAUGAUGGCCCUGCAAAUCAAGCUGUUGCGCGAUGGAGCCCUAUGCAAGCCCAAGGCAGAGGAAGGUACCACUCCUACAGCAGGGAAGUCCUCGCCCAGCCUAGAGGACCUUCAGCAGUCCAUCCUCAAUCUUGCCUCCAGUGUGUUCAAAGGAUGUAAUGAGGUCUUGGAGUCUCUGGUGCAAGUCUGCCAGUCCAUCAUCACUGCCUCACCCGUGGCAGACUGGGACAGCCGCUUCCAAGGUCUGGAGCGUGUGGUCAAGGGCACGGUCCUUGGCCAUCUACUGCCGGUACUUAUCACGGCGUUGACUCACGAGAACCUACAGAGUCUGUCGCUCGCCGAAGCACUUAUCCCACAAGUGGUGCAACUGAUCAUACUCACCAGUCAGGUUUCUCAGAUGAUGCUGAAGUGCUACCAACUUCGAGACUCACUCAGUAACGAAGACGUCACCUCCCCCGGCCCUGACAGUAUCCCGACCAUCCGCGCCACCCCAGACACCCCUGUCCAGGGCUUCCUAGCCGGCCUGAAGAUCCCAGCCCCUUGGGCCACGGGCAAGACGGUGGAGUGUAUCCACCCUGUCCGGGAUAACUACAAGUUCCGGGAGACGGUCCACAUCCCAGGAGCCCGCUGUCUGUACCUGAGGUUUGACCCCCGGUGCGCCUCGCAGUACGACUACGACAAGGUCAUCGUGUAUGCUGGCCCCAAUUCCAGCUCGCGAAAGGUAGCAGAGUACGGCGGCAACACCUAUGGCUUUGGUAGUAGGAGUGUGCUAGGGUCUGGGUGGCCUAAAGAUCUUGUCAAGGUGGAGGGCAACACGGUGACGUUCACCUUUGAGAUGCGAAGUGGUCGAGAGCACAACACUCCCGACAAGGCCAUGUGGGGUUUUGCCUGCACCGUCAGAGCACAGGAAUCAACUGAGGAUGCAUCGGGCGGCAUGCCGUUCCUGGCCGACUUGGCCCUAGGCCUGUCAGUGCUGGGCUGUACCAUGCUGCAGAGGCUGUACAGAGGACCCGACAAGUCCACGCAGGAGGAACAGAGCGAGCACCUGCUCAAGUCCAAACUCCUCCAGCGGUGUGUGUGGCACCCUCAGGCCGUGAAGCAGACCCCCAAACCGGCUGUAGCUACUGUGGCAGAGGCUGCCGAGCCGAGCGGCCAGAGCGACAGCAGGACCUUGCCUCGGAUCAAGCUCUCGGCCGACAUCAUGCAGCGACUGCAGGCGCUGUCCGGCCGCAUGGCUCCGCAUCUCAGGCCGAGCAUCAGGGAGGUCAUUCAACCUGCCGCUCUGGAGGAAGCGAUCGUGUCGGCGGCCUUGAAACACCUUGACAUUGAGGGCGCCGUGCUACUCCUGGGAGAAGGAACCGUCUCGGACCAGCAGCGUGGCAGCUACGACUUCCUAUGUCAAGUGAUGAACGGGGUGUACCGGCGGAUAUACGCCAUUCAGAGACAGUUACAGCUCUUGGCAGAGUUGGAGCAGAAAUGGGAUCAUGACCUGGAUGAGAUGAGGAAUGGCACACUGGAGUCGGGUUCCUCCUUCUUUGCCUUGUAUCACCAGCAAGAGAACAAAAUGCGCGAGUUGGAACUGUUGGCAUAUCUGAAGGAUGUGGACUUUGAGUGUGCCGAUCAGGAGGGUGCCGUCAAACUCUUGAGGGAGAAAUUGGAGCAAGAGGCCAGCUUGAAGCCGUCCGACGAGCCCAAACUGAGCAUGCCCAAGACCAAGUCACUAGUCCAGGCCAUCCUGGAGAGAGUGGAGCUGCUCCUUCACGUUACCAUAGCAACCAAGAGUCUGCAGUCGCAUCCGCCGAGCCUGUCUCGCAGUGUGUCCCAGCAUCCAGGCAGUCAGCAGAGAGGUUUCGUGGCUGAGCCAUCAGUCCCACCCCCAAGCCCGCCCUUCACCCGUAGCGUGUCACUGCCCAUGGAGCUGGAGGGAGGCAAGGAGACUAAUAAAAGUAGCAGUAGAACAAGGUGGCAGUCAAGGCGGAGAGGCCCACUGUCUCUGCUACAAGACACCGUUCAAAGCGAGGGCAAGCAGGCGGACAAGCAGGCUCACACCUUAUUGCUGGACGAACUGUUCUCCUUCAUCGGCACCAACCCAGAACAGGCCGUAUCCUUGGAGAGCUUCUUGUCGGCAGCCAGGGUACGUUCCAGGCGAGGCAGCACUCGCAAGCAGGCCCUGAUUCACAUCAAACAGCUGCUGCUGGCCGCCAGCAAGGUGGGCGGAGCUAUGCACCUCCUGGUGGCCGUGACCUCGGUCAUUCAGAAUGGCCCAAGGGUCAAUGAGCUUGCCUGUGGAGGUAUGGUGGAUGAGGUCCAACAAGCAUUCUCCGAGACCAUGACCUCCGUGGUGACCUUAGCUGGUGCCCACCCGGUGGCAUGCGCCAACAGCAUAGGACUACUGUGUACAAUCCCAUACACCAGGAGGGAGGAGCAGUGUCUGGUAGACAGCGGCCUAGUACAAGUGCUUGAUCAACUGUGCAGUCUAGGUUCCGGCAGCGGUGGCAGCGGUGGGAUCAGUGCUGGGUCAUCAGAAUCACAGACGACCAAGCAGCUGGUCUCAGCCCUGGCGUGGGCUGGCUUUCAGGUGCUGGCCAAUCGCUGUGUCUCCUGGGAGGCUGACGAGACAUGCCACGAUGCACUAGGCCAUGCUGGCCUGGCCCGUCAGGUUUCCAGCCUAUUGACCAAUCACCUGGCACGAGCCACAGAGUCUAGCGGGAAUGAGGCAGCUGGAAGCGAGGCUCUACAGGAAGUCCUGAGCCUGCUCAAUGAGCUGUCGAGGAGCCGCAUGGGCAAAGCCAUCCUAAGCCAGCCGGCCUGCGUCUCCAAGCUUCUGUCCCUCCUCCUAGACCAGCGGCCCUCCCCCAAGCUGGUCCUGAUCAUCCUGCAGCUGUGCCGGGUGGCGCUGCCCCUGAUGAGCGCCGAGGACUGUGCCAGCGUGCAGCUGCCCUGCUGGGGCCAGGAGGUGUCCACGCUGCUCGGGGGAGCGGACGCCGCCUCCGCCAUGGCCGGUGCCGGUGCUGAAGGGGAGAAGGAAGGCGAGGGGGAAGAGCAGCUAGGCGACCCACCGGCCAAGAUUGCCAGCCUGCUGCUGGCUAAGCUGGGGGACUACGUCGUGCCAGGCUGCCAGACCACCGCAUCUACAGACAUUUCUAACUCCGUCAGUGUGGACGGCACUCAGGUAGCAGUGCCCUCCAGUGGCGACAGAGACAAGGGCGAGGAGUCGGAAGCCCAAGACGGCCGCAUCUCCGUGUUCAUUCACAAGAGGGAGGACCAGUCCUCUCAUGAGGUCAUACAGCCGCUUCUCAGUUCUGAUGGCCGGCCUUUCAGACUCGGGAGUGGAGCCAACAUGGAGAAAGUUGUUCGGAUGGACAGAGAAAUGACCAAGUAUGGCAAAGCUGAGGUGUUCACAGAGGAGGCCAACACGGCCAUCCGCAAGGCCUCCAAGUGGGCGCAGGGCGGGCUGGUGGUCAGCACCGGGCCCCCCGUGGAGAACAACAAUGACGUCGCCAACGAAAACGGCAAAGAGAAGAAGAAGGUGGCCACGGAGGUGAUUUGCAGAGAGAAGAAUGCUGAACUGGCGAGAACUGAUCCCGUCCGACCGUUCAUCAGUGGCCACGUUGCCAACAGCAUGGCCUCAGAGGUCAUCGGCCUCCUGCACAGCCUGCUGACUGCUCCCGAGACGCACACCGCCCUCAUCUGGGCAUCUGCUGUGGAAAGAGUUCUGUCUCAUGCCUUGACACUGGUCUCCCAGCUGACCUCCCACCAGACUAGUCACAUCUCACUGCUUAACAGCCAGCCCCAGGGCGAGUCUGUCACCAGACUCAUGUCCAUCUGUCGCCAAGUGGUGGCAGCAUUCUGUGCCCUGGGAGGCUUCAAGGAAAGCAUCAAAGUUGGCUCCAAAGUUCAGGUCACAGGUGAGGGGUCACGACCUCUCUUGGGUCACGUCAUCAGCAUAUCGGAGCCCCAGGGAGUUGCAACAGUGGAGUUUGUUAUCACCAAGGAUAUGACCAUCCCAAGAGCCAACAACACGUUGGAGGUCCCUCUGUCCAGGCUGCAGCCUCCUAGCAGUGAGACCCUUCCUCUUCAGCAACUGUCCAUGACGGAGCGUGUGGUGUCUGCACUUCAUAGCCUCUUGUUGCCCAGGAAGGAGAGAGGCAUGUCCCCUGUCACUGUGGCAUUGCCCGCUGUGGGUGAUGGGAGCAGUCUGGCCAUGGCUGCAUGCAGGGUGCUGGCUGAGAUCAGGUCAAGAGCGUGUGCAGUGCUGGCCCUUCACAUGAAGGAACCGUCCUUUGCCACUGAGUUUGUUAAGCAGUCGUCUGUGCCCGUUGAAGUCCUGAAAUCCCUGGCUCAACAGUGCAGCUCAGGUGAGAGGGUGUCUGUCGUGGAGGCCCAGUGCCAGAGAUUGCGGAUGCUAUACAGGGACUGCGCACGACCCCCGCCACCACCAGCAAAGGUCACCUCCAGAAUGUCCCAGGACAUCAGCUGGAAUCCCAGUCGCAGCUUUCCCCCACCCAGAGCUUGCAUGUUCUCCCACAACCAGACGGCAGUGACCUUCCUGGGAGAUGCCAACGCGGGCAGCGGAUACCCGCGAGGGGUGAUGUGCUAUGCCACUCAGCCAGUCCCAAGCCAGGCCCCUUCCUUCUACUGGGAACUGGAGAUUUGUUCCAACGGUGACUCCGGUGACGAGUCUGGUCCUUCCGUCUCGUUUGGCUUAGCCCCUCAUGCUGAGAAGAAGGAAGGAGCCUGGACCAACCCCGUCGGCACUGUCCUCUUUCACAAUAGUGGCAGGGGUGUGCAUUACAGUGGAGCCAGCCUCCUGCAGUGGAAGAGCCUGAGGCUGGACGUCACGCUGAGCGUCGGCGACAUAGCGGGCAUCGGCUGGGAACGGGACGGCGACGGGGGUAGCCACGCCCCCGGCCAGCAAGCCAGGGGGCGGGUCUUCUUGACCUACAACGGACGGAGGUUGCCGGCCACUCUGGACGGCGUGGCCGGCGGAAUGUGGCCCGUUGUCCACAUCCAGAAGAGGAACACCCGAGUCCGUGCCAACUUUGGCGCCCGCCCCUUCUGCUACGCCGAGGGCCGUCAGCACCACGACGCGGCGGUGGAGGCCACCGAUCCCCGGGAGGAGAUCCUGGCCAACUUCAGCAUGCUGCCCUUCCACACCCUGGAGGAAAGCGAGGAGGGGUCGGGGGAGAGGGCGGCCCUGGACGUACCUCCCGGCCCGCUGGAAGCCGUCGGGGAGACGACACCCGCUGGCCCGCCAUGCCGGCUGGCUGCAUCUCCCAAGCCACUCACUGAAUACGACACGGACGAGUCCGUCAACUACAAGCUGAGGCAGGGCUACGACAGCUUCACUAACAUGGGAGCCGACGUCCGCAUCCUGAGCGCCGGCCAAGACGAUGCCCGGGAGGAUGAGGAGGAAGGGGAGCAAGAAGCCCACGAGGACUUCCAUGCGCUGCUGGUCAAGGCCUGGGAGAGCAAGGUCUUCCCCGUCAUCCGCCGGCGCUUCCGCAACGAAGCUGAGCGCCGGUCGGGACUGGAGCAGAUCAAAGGGGCACUGCAGCUGGGCAUGACUGACAUCGCCAGGCAGACUGUGGAGUUCCUUUAUGAGGAGAAUGGCGGUAUGCCCCGUGACCUCCACCUGCCAACCAUCGAGGAUAUCAAGACCGAAGCGGCCAAGUUCACCAUCGACAAAGUCCGCAAGGGGACUACUGUGGUCGUCCGGCAGCCGGAAAGCUCUGGGUCAGUUGGAAGCACCGUGGUGCCAAAGUUCGCCGUCCGGGCCAUGCUCAAGACGUUCGGCCUGACUGGAAUGGUACUGGACAUUGAUUCGCGUCAAGAGCUGGUCCAAGUUGAGACCUACCUGCGAAGUGAAGGGGUGCUUGUCCGAUACUGGUAUCCCCUGGAUGUGCUGGAGAGGCCACAGUCGGGGUACCGGCGAGGUGCACUGACGGGCCUAGCUGCACUAGACAUCUCAAACAUCAACAUCCACAGAGAGCUUCUCCACUGCGAGUCCACAUCAGCCCGCAUGUCCUGCCGCACAGCCCUGAUGGAGUUCCUGGGUCACUGCCAGAGUCCGGAGGUCAUUGAGGUCAUCCCCUGCUCAUUGACCUCGGGUCAGGCCUCGGCCAGUCCAGAGCACGAUAUUUCUCACCUGCAGCUGCUGUCAAAUCAGCUGUUGGGAUCACCGCAGCCAGACGGGGCCCUGCAGGCAUCCUCCCUCCUGACAGCCCAGUGGUUGCACCAGUGCCUGGCCAGCAACACCCGCUGCCUUGCAGACAUCUUCUACCAAGACACCCAGGUACUCAGGCGAGAGCUCUUCAUUGCCAUGGCGACGGCAGCCCACAUGGGCGAGGGCAGGCUACUGGAGUUGACCAACCAGCUGUGCGGAGUACUUCAGGUUGCGCCCCACCAUUUCCCCUGCGAGAUUACCACAGUAACGGAGACCAAAGUCAACACGGACCUGCAGUUUCCCGGGGCAGCAGCCGUGAUCGUCAGCUGCCAACAAGAUCCGAAGACAGCCAGGAAGGAGGCUUCACUUUACCAAGCUCCCUGGGCCAGAGUUUUCUGCUACGGAAUCGGCCAUCGAGUCAAGAAAACAGGGCAGACAGCCUUGUUGGAGGUAGUGAGUUAUCCUGCUGACGCUGCCAUCAACAGUUCAGCGGGUCUGUCUGCGCCUCCAAGCCACAACAUUGACCCCUACCCAGCCGUGGUCCUGCCCUGCAACCGGCUCCACCUUAGGCAUGGGGUGUCACCAGUCCCGGGCUACGUGUUGUCCCUCCACGGCCUGCCCUCGGAGUUUCCUUUGGCCAUGGCCUUCAUUGAGACCCUCGUGGGCUGCGAGCACCAGAUCGGCAGCCAGAAGAUAGAGGGCACGGAUGAGAUCGUCAUUGACCGGCUUAAGGACAUCCCGACCGAGCGGCAGGAGAUUCUGAAGGACCGCCCCGUUCACAUCCCACCCCGGGUAAUCUCCAGGGCGGCUGAGCUCCUGACCCAUUACCUGAUGACUGCCAAGGUACCACCACUGAUUAAAGAGUACUUGUUCCACAUGCUGGCCCAGCUCCUGCGGACACUCUACAAGAGGGAAUCUUUCGGAGAGAGUAUUGCAUCCGCUGCCACCACUCUCCCCUUUGUUGUGAUCACCCAGCUCGUUCAGUUGAACAUGGAGCUCAGGAAGCUCUUUGAGCACGAGUCGACGUCAGGUGUUCUGUCCUCAAUCGCACCAGGCCAGCAGUCGACCUACUUCCAAGCCCUGAUGGAGCUCUGUCUUGCUCUGGCUGAGGUCACAUCUCCGCCUGGCCUAGGAGCGCAGCUUGCCCCAUCGGCCCAUGCUACCAGCUCUGUGCAACUCAGCCCACAGGCAGCUGCCAAACGGAAGAAAGUCAAGAUCAGGAGGACAGGGACUACUGUGAAGCGCAGCCCCCGGCCGAGUGAGAGUGACAGUGGGGAGACGUCGGCUUCCACCAGCUCCAAGCCAGAAGAGAUGCUGUGGUUCCACCGAGCACUGACCGUGUCACUGAUCCUGCGCUACCUAAUCGACGGCAACCUCCAAGGAGCGACAGUCACCCGCGAUGCCAUCCUGGAUGCCCACCAGUCCAAUUCCGUCCCGUCCACUCACUCUCGCCUGCUAGUCAUCACUGGUAUCCCAAUGACGCUUGAAGAACAAACAGUUCGUAGGGCCAUCGAACGGGCUUGCAGCUCCCACGGCGGACUCUACAAACAAGAGCUGUGGAUCCCCAUCCAGGAUCAGAAGCAACCAGAAGACUCUCCUGAUGCAGACACUUCUAUCCAAACUCCAGUAAACUUGCAACGACCUGAUCUGCCACCAGGAGCUGCUGUCGGCACCCCUGACCCAUCCCCGGUUGCAGAGGCCAGUGUCAAUACUGCUCUGGAAGACCAAGCUCCUGACACUCAGCAAGGUGCAGCUGUGACUCCCUUGGCUGACCAACACGCUGGCUUACUGACACCCCCUCCAGAGGGAGAAGCCACUCCAGUGGAUGGACAAGACAGAGACACUCUCAACCAUCCUGAUGAGGCCAAACAACUUGUCAAAGGGUACGCUGUCUUAGAGGUGCGCUGCAAAGCCAAAAUUGACAGCAUCGAGAAUGCCCUGCUGACCAGCAAGGAGGUGACCGAAGCAAUGCAAGUUGAGACGGCGGCCAUCCUGGACGUUUCCCCAGAGGACUUCCUCACCGUUUCGGCCGUCAACUCGGCUUUGCAGGCAGAACUGACAGACAGUGGCGAGUUCUCCGAGUAUCUGAGGCACAAACUGCUGACCGAUAAACCUCCCAGGGAGCUGAGGCCCCUGGCAGUGCAGGCCUUAGAACAAGUCUUCUACAGCUGCCUGGCGGCUGAGCAAGGCUUCAAACUCCUCUCGGAGCUGGAGGAGAAGGACAUGGACACAGCCGAGGUGACGCUGUCCAAGGAGCAAAUGCUCAGUCUGGCUCCUGGCAACCUGCUGGUACCUUUCUUUGGGGAGGUGAAGGGAUCCAAACACACCGCCCAAGAGGAAGUGACCCUUGUUCUGGAGAAGUACGGAGUGAACCGACUGGGUUCGAGCAGACCGAAAAAAUCUAGCGCCAAACCAUCCAAGGAUCAGAGCAGAACGGUCAAUCGUCGAGGGAGUAAGACCAGCAAGGAGAAGUUAGCUGCAGCCGAUGUGUCUUUCAAAUCAAAGUCUGCCAGCCCUUCCGACAAGAAGUCCAAGCGGCCGGAGAAGGUGGCCCGUGACGCCCCCGAGAAACGCCAGCUAGAGGAGGGCCGCGCCAAGCAGGAGGCGGUCCCAGAGAGGGCACUGUGCCUGGCUGGGUUCCUUCAGUUCGUGACGGAGCAGGCACAGGACAACGCUGUGCCCGUCUGGAAGGCCCUGAUGGCCUGCAGCUUUGACUUCCACUUUGACAGAUUCGCCAGCCUGAACCACUCGGACACCCCUUCUUACUUCAAGCACUGGACCCACGACAUGGACGCAGCCCUGGUGCGUUACGUGGACCGUCUCUGCCGGAAGUUCUCCAUCACCCCGGGCCGUCUGCACCCGCACGAGGUCUACUUCACAGAGGACGACCUGGUCAACCCAGCUUUUGCUCCCUUGCAAGGAGUCCCACUGGAAGUCCUUCGCCUCCGCUUUGCCCUCCUCCAGUCGCUAAGCAACAACCUGGAGGCCUACUUCCUGCCCCUAGUUGACCUUCGCCCCUCCCAGACCCUGUCGCUGAGCACGGCCGCGCUGCUGUCCCGGGCCAGGCGGCUGUUGUUCUAUGACACCAAGGUCAAGUUUUUCAAUGCCAUCCUGGACGCCACGGCCCAGCGGAACCUUGACCAGGCGGCCCCGGAGAUAACUCUUGACCCACUGGAGAUUGUAGGAGCGGAUGCGCAGGAUUGCCUAGCCACCCAAUUCUGUCAGGCAGCCAGGCAGCUAUCCAUCGUUCCCUCCUCCAAACUCUGCGUCAAGAUUGCCAGUGGGGGUGACCCCACGUAUGCCUUUAACGUCAGACUGACCGGAGAAGAGGUCCACGGAACAAGUGGUUCGUUUAGGCAUUUUCUCGGUCAGGUGACCCGUGAGCUUCAGAAUUCUACCCUUGGUCUGCUCGUCCUGUGCCCCAGUGCAGGCACCGGUCGAAACAAAGGCAGAUACUUACUGAGGCCGGGCGCCAUCACUUUCCCGGAAGAGAAAUUGCUGGAGUUUUUUGGACAGCUUCUUGGCAUCGCUCUGAGAGCUGAUAUCCCCUUGGCCCUGGACCUACUCCCGUCAUUCUGGAAGUGCCUGGUAGGAGCUGCCCUAGACCCAGAGAGGGACCUGGAAGAGGCCGAUUGCAUCACCUACGGCUACAUCAAGAAAUUGACAGAGGUUCAGAGUGAAGCGGAAUUUGACGCUCUCUGUGCGGAGGUCUCCUCCCAUCACGCCUCUGACCUGGAGUCCCCCGAUCCGGACCCCGUCCCCGAGCGCCCCGCCAGCCCUUCCUCCACCCUCCAGAUGGGCCAGCCCGCCCACAACCUGACGUUUGUCUACCACAGCUUGGCCGGGGACGAGGUGGAGCUGUGUGCGGAUGGCAGGACACGUCGGGUCAGUUGGAAGAACAGACAGCAGUAUAUCUCGGCCAUCCGUGAUUUACGAUUGAGAGAGCUGGCCAGCCCAGAGCGCAUGCUAGCGGUGCGCUGCGGGCUGGCGUCGGUCGUACCGAUCCAACUUCUAUGCAUGAUGACGCCGUUUGAUAUGGAGCUCAGGACGUGUGGCCUGCCCACCGUGGAUUUGGACUUCCUGAAGGCCCACACCAUGUACCAGGUGGGCCUGGUGGAGACGGACACCCACAUCCAGUACUUCUGGUCAGCCCUGGAGUCCUUCUCCCAGGAGGAGAUCGGCCGCUUCAUCAAGUUUGCCUGCAACCAGGACCGUAUUCCCUGCACCUGCCCCUGCCAAGAUGGAGAGGCUGACACCAGCCACGUGCCUCCCUACCCGAUGAAGAUUGCCCCGCCUGACGGAACAGGCGGCUCCCCAGACACACGCUUCAUCCGUGUGGAGACCUGCAUGUUCAUGGUGAAGCUGCCGCAGUACACCAGCCAGGAGAUCAUGACCAGGCGACUGCUGUACGCCAUCAACUGCAGGGAGGACCCGCUGAGCGGCUGA